CACACGCAACAUUCGCGUGUAGUAGGUCGAAGUACCAGUGGUAAUUUUGUACCUUACAUCAAAAACAGUAUUUUUUGAGUUUACACAUUAGCUCCGUGAAAUUUCAAUUUAUUUUGGACACGAACAUUUUUCGUUUAAGAUAAAGUUAUUAAUAUCGCGAGAUUGUGUUUGUGUAAGCCUCAUAGGUACCUACCACACAUGUUCGAGUUUUUCGAGUGAGUGUCCAAUACUGGUGUGUGCGGAUUUAUUGAUCUUUGGUUUCUGCGAAUAACCCUCUGCGAACAGAUAAGGUACUCAAUGUUGAAGCCAGCCGUCGUCUUUCUGCUGUUUGUAGCGCAUAUCAGUCAACUGGAUAGUAAGGACACAGAAUUUCCUCCACUUUUCGAAGACCUGCUUAAUUACCUAAUAGACGGCGUAAAUUAUGAAAAACGUCAGACUCGUGACCAGCGGUACGAGUUGACAGAAUAUGAUUUUAUCAUAGUUGGCGCCGGUUCCGCCGGAGCAGUACUGGCCAAUCGUCUCACGGAGGUGCACGAGUGGAAUGUACUGCUAAUCGAAGCCGGCGAAGAAGAACAUUUUGCGAUGGACGUUCCUCUGCUAGCCAACAUGUUACAGUUCACCGAUGCUAAUUGGAAGUACAAAACAAUGCCAUCCGAUAGUUAUUGUAAAGGUCAUGUAAACAGGCAGUGCAAUUAUCCAAGAGGCAAAGUAAUGGGAGGUUCAAGCGUACUUAACUAUAUGAUAUAUACCAGAGGUCACAAAAAAGAUUAUGAUGGAUGGGCUGAAGCAGGAAAUGUUGGCUGGAAUGCAGACGAGGUAUUUAAAUAUUUUCUUAAAUCAGAAGAUGCAAAUAUCACUACUCGAGAUUAUGGUUUCCAUCAAGAGGGAGGCUACCUUUCCAUAUCAGAAUCACCAUAUAAGAGUAUAUUAGCCAAGUCGUUUGUUCAGUCAGGAUAUGAAUUUGGAUAUCCUGUAAGAGAUUUAAAUGGGAAAUACCAAAUGGGAUUUAAUUUUCACCAAUUGACUAUGAAAAACGGAUUAAGACAUAGUACCAAUGUAGCGUUUCUUCAUCCGAUACGCAAACGAAAAAAUUUAUAUAUAAAAAAAAAAAGUCAUGUAACUCGAAUACUAUUUGAUACAACAGGCCGUAGAGCAAUUGGAGUAGAAUACUACAGAGGAAACAAAAAAUAUAGAGCUUAUGCACACAAAGAAGUUAUAAUUUCAGCCGGAGCAAUUAAUUCUCCACAAUUACUCAUGUUGUCUGGAAUCGGACCAAAAGAUCACUUGAUAUCAAAAGGUAUAAAUGUUAUACGCGAUUUACAGGUAGGCCGUAAUCUAAUGGAUCACGUGGCUUUAGGCGGAUUAACAUUUGUUGUAAACGAUACAAGCUCAAUAAAAACGCAAAGGGUUUUGGAAAACCCCAUUAACCUGCAUAAUUUUCUAAAAUAUCACUCGGGGCCUAUAUCAAUACCAGGAGGAACCGAAGCAUUGGCUUUCUUCGACUUGAAUCGUCCUAAUGAUAUUGAUGGACAUGCCGAUCUAGAAUUAUUAUUUAUAAAUGGCGCUGUGAGCUCAGAUGAAACUCUUAAAAAAUCAUUCGGAAUUAAUGAGAACGUAUACAACAGUGUUUUUAAAAAUACAGAACAAAAAAAUACAUACAUGAUAUUUCCAAUGAUCAUGAGACCAAAAAGCAAAGGAUGGAUAGAAUUAAAAGACCGUAACCCAUUCAGGUAUCCAGCAAUUUACCCAAAUUACUUUUCUGACGAAAGGGAUCUGGAUGUAAUAGUGGCAGGUGUAAGAAUAAGUGAGCAAUUAUCACAAAUGGAUGCUAUGAAACGUAUUGAUUCGAAAUUAUGGAAAGAGCCGAUACCAGGUUGUGAGCAUUUUCAAUUUGACUCAGACGAUUAUUGGAAGUGUGCAGCCAGGCACCUGACAUUUACCAUAUAUCAUUUAGCUGGAACGUGUAAAAUGGGACCAAUAGAAGAUGCUACAGCUGUGGUGGACCCAAGGUUAAGAGUUCAUGGGUUGAAAGGCCUAAGAGUUAUUGAUGCCUCAAUCAUGCCUGAAGUUAUAUCCGCACAUACUAAUGCACCAACCAUCAUGAUUGCUGAAAAAGGAUCAGAUCUAAUUAAAGAAGAUUGGGGAAUUAUUAUUUAAGUUUAGAUAUUUAAAUUUGGAAUAGUUAGGCCAUUGUCUGUGAUAAAAAUAAAAUAAAAUAAUUAUAUUAAUAAUA